UUUAACUCUUUGAGUUUCGCUAAGGCCUUUGCUUUCAAGAACUUCAGUCAUUUUGAUCGCCGCUACACCAAAGCGAUGCGGGCUCCUGACGUUUCAAAUAUAAUACGCCGGCUUCAUGCCUUUGCGUCGCCCUCUCACAUGGACACCGUUUUAGCAACAUUAUUUGACAUGUUUAUAAAGACAAAAGGAUACUGAUGAAUAUCAUUUAACGAAUCGACAUUCGGUUUUGCGAAAGUCGUUUAAACGACACCAAGUCACGCCAUCUAUCUGAUGGAACAUUCAACCUCUCUCAACAAUCACAAGUUAUAACUUACUUAAGGAAAAACGGGAGCUCGAACGCAACUAACGAAGCGCGAUAAACCGCGUUCGCUAUGACGGCGACAUUAAGCUGGCUGAUACAUCGACAGCUAACCGAACCAAUCGCACGUCACUGCGGGAUCCUAACAGCCAAUCGUAAUGCGCUGUGACUAGGAUAGCGUGACCCGAACGCAAUCCGAUUCAAAUGGCAUUCGUUACCGCGAGAUGGCAGUCGGCGCGCGCGCCAAUCGUCGCGUUCAUCUCGUUGUCGUGCCCAUAUAAUGAUCUUCACAGGGGCGAAGAGAAUGAAGUUGAGCCUCUCAUUAAUUGGCAUUUUGAGUUGAGAUCGCUGAGCGAAAGAUAGGUUAAUUCUUCGCCCGGUCGAGAUCGUUGUCGCUCAAAAAGGAAGGUGAGCGAGCAUUUUCUGGAAAUCAGAUCCAAUUACAACAAGGGCCGUUAACUUUUUAUUCUGUUUGUCCUAUGGUCGAAAGCAUACUCACGCGCAAUGUUGACUGACGAGGGUCUCGCUCAUGUGACCGAUCCGAUCUGAAGGAUGGACCGUUUAAUUCUCCCACUGCACGGAAACUAUUGUAGAACAUUGCUUGUAACUCAAAUUCACAAACCCCACCCACGCGGAGAUAUUUGCAUACAGCGAGCACGUCUCAAUUAGGAGCGCUAAUGUAUGCCUCGACCGAAGCCCUGAUCUGUUUGACGUCGACCGAUAGUGGCUGAAACGUGACGGGUGACGACUAUCGCGAGAAAACCGCUUCCAUCACUCCGCACUAACAACGCUAAUAGGAGCCGAUAUGGUCGAUUUCUUUUAUUAGCAUGAACUACUCUAAAAUCCAUUUGCAUAUUAUUAAUGAUAGUGUGCACGUUAAAAGAUGUAUUUUAAUUUUUUCAGGUGAGGACGAGGAAUGGGGAAACGAGAGCGAGGCGAUGCCUGGAGAACCUCGCACACCAAGCUCGGGCGGUGAGCCACCGGCUUCUAGUGGAGGAGCUUCACCGGCGUCCGAAGGCUCAGCAGCUACCUCACCGCCGCGCCUUCGACUGAACACUCGACUGGCGACCGAUCCCGCUCUCGCACCUCAGGCCACAACUCUGAAACACGAACCGCCAUCCCCUUCGCCGCCUGCGCCGUCACCAGCACAACAAGCGAGGGAUUUCCUUAAUCUCACAGCAGCGAAUUUCCCAGCUCUUUUUCCCGGAGCCCCAGCUGUAGCGGCACCGCCCGCUUACACAUGCAUUCCUUGUGGGAUACGGUAUUCUUCAUUAAGUACGUUACAAGCGCAUCAAGAGCAUUACUGCUCCAAACGGAGAUCGAAACCUGAUGGAACAGAUGUGCCGACAGAAACAGUAGCAGAUGACUCGAGUGGUGAUUCGAAAACACCACGACCUCCGGGGAAACAAUACGCCUGUACUUACUGUUCAUACAGCGCAGAUAAGAAAGUUAGUUUAAAUCGUCAUAUGCGUAUGCAUUCUUCUUCACCUAUAAGUAGUAGUACUCCAGUACCACCUCCGACAUCCAACGGGGAAGCGACUGAUGGACAACCAGCCCAGGACCGUUAUUGUGUUGAUUGUGAUAUUCAUUUUAGCUCCAUUAAGACUUAUCGUGCUCAUAAGGCUCAUUACUGUAACACGAGACAGAUUGUCAAGCAAGUUUUACCCACAGCCCGAGCGGGUUCCACCACAUCGGGAUCGGCUCCCACUUCCCCCGGUGCAACCCCACCAGCUCAGAAUCAAUAUGCGUUAGCAUUACCGACUAAUCCAAUACUAAUUGUCCCAUAUUCACUUUUGAGAAGCGCUAGCACUCUUCCUGGUGCAACAUUGCCAGAUCCCGAUACGCCAUGCUUUUGGUUGCCAAACGGAACGUUUCAACCUAUAAGUCGUGCGUUACCAAAUGUAAAUACGGAGGUAAAGGAACCCGAGGUUUUAAAAUCGGCAAAUAGACCCCGAGAACCGUCAAGAGAUGGUGCUACACCUUUAGAUCUGAGUGUUCGUCGUACACCAGAGUCGGUAACUACGGAUGAGCACGAAAAAGAGAACAGAAUGCGUUCUACGACACCAGAACAAAUAGUAUGUGCUCCAUCCUUACCUGCCUCUCCUGCAACUCCAUCACCUUCGAGGCGGUCAUCGUCACCUAGUGGAGAGAGUUCACCGAAACGACGGAGAAAGAAUUCAAGAGAUCCAACUCCAAAGCCGCCCAGCGUACCUUCACCGUCAGAAGAUAAAAUUUCACCCGUCAUACCUCCCCCAGCAUUCCCACCUUCCUUAGCUUUGCGUCUGACUACAGAUCCAAUAACGACUGUUUCUCCACAAGUUCUAGUAAAGCAAGGAGUUUCAAAGUGCCAGGAGUGCAAUAUAGUUUUUUGCAAAUUCGAUAAUUACCGUAUACACAAACGGCACUACUGUUCCGCUGGCGGCGGAGACGAGCGGGCCAGCCCGGCACCCCCUGAACCAGGCCCUCCGGCUCAGUACCGACAGCUCAUCUGUAUGGCGUGCGGCAUACAUUUCAGUUCCUACGAUAACUUAACGACUCAUCAAUCCUACUACUGCACGAAAAGAGAGACGCGUUCUCCGCGAGCUGUUCUAGAAACAUCAAGACCUUCUUCGGGGUCAGACGGUGGUUGGAAGUGUCCUUGCUGCGAUGUUGUUUCUCCAACAGCCGCCGCUGCUCAGAGACACAUGGAGGCGCAUGCGGGAGUGAAAGCUUUCCGUUGCACCAUUUGCAAAUACAGAGGAAACACUCUACGUGGUAUGAGGACACACAUCCGAGUUCACUUCCGUGAAAAGCCCUCUGAUUUGCAGGAAGAGAGCUACAUAUCCUGCGUGCUCGAAGAGGAAAGUCGCGAGAGUACCUCGCCGGCCCCCGCUGCGGGCGAGCGCGUCCAUCGCUGCAGCUCGUGCGCGUACACAUCGACUUACCGCGGGAAUGUUGUCCGACACGCACGACUCGUGCACGCCGACGAACCAGAACCCGACAGAACAUCGCCGCCACCCGACAUCAAAAAAGAACCUGACGUAGACGAAGACACGCCCAACUUCUGCAAAUCCUGCAACAUAUCCUUUAAAUACGUUAACACUUAUAAAGCACACAAACAGUUCUAUUGCACCGCGGCCAAUCAGGACGCAGCGGCCAACAACAACGUCCCCGCUCGUGUGCACGAUGUGUCCGUUGUUAAAUCACAAUAACGACAUUGAUGAAAUCGCGUUUCUUUUUACGCUUCCAAAUCUAUAAAAUACCUUAAAUAUAUCUUAAUUCUUAGCUUUAUUUGCUUCGAAGCCUAACUUAUAAAGUGUAUAUCUACAUUUUCGGAAUUAUUAAAUUACGUGCAAUAAUUAAAAUUAAAUAUAUAUAUAUAUAUAUAUAUAUAUUGUAUAAUAUUACACUCGUACUGCAUAUAAGAAACCAAAACGUCGAUGGAAGAAAAUGUGCGUGAACGGUGACGAGUGACAAAUGUCGGCUGACGUUCAUAUGGCCUGUUUUGUUAAACCUUGUUAUGUAAAUUGUUUGAUAGUUAAAGUUAACCUUUUCGUAAUUGUAUUAGUAUACGUUAAAAUACCAAAUUGUAAAUAUUUGUAAAGAUAUUAUCGCUAUAUAACUAAAUUUUAUUACCAUUCGUUUUAAGUGAUUGUUCUUUCUUUGUUGUUAAUUUUGUUUACUAUUAGAAUAACUUUUAGAUGAACUUUGCAAUUCUAGAUAAUCAAUUGAAUGCUCAUUCCAUUUUACUGACCAGUUGUCUCUAUAUUGUAAACUGCUGCUAAAGUGGACAUUGUAACUUGAGAGGGAUUGUAUCUUUAUAUUUGUGAAUCUUCCGUAACACGAUACGAUUCGAUGUUGUACGUACACGAUAACUUGAAUUGUGUUUCGUAUACAGUCGGUGUCGUCUAGUACUAUCUUAAAAGGAGUAAACGCUAAGGUAAUGUUAUUGCAUAUUUAAACACUACAGAAUCCUUAUACAUAUUGUAAUAACCCCUCGGGUCAAUAAAUUAUAAUGGAAGUCUGCUUGAGGCGAGGCUUUUUGUAAGCUAGAAGCUGUAUAAUUAAUAAAAAUAUUACCCAAAUAUUUUUGGAUUAACAAUAAGUAAGAUUCGAUGUAACAGAUUGACAUAUAAAAUACUUUAUGUAAUAUAAUAAACAUGAACUGAAAGAUACAAGAGUUCACGUUAACACAAAAUACCAUGUUUUGUCAAUGCCAAAGCAUCGCUAGAUUAUUGUAAUUUGCAUUUAUAGGUAUCUCACUAAUUAUAAUCCUAGCUGUAAGUGAAUACAAGACUUAUUCCCUAGAUAUACAUAUGCAUGUGUAUUUAUUGUGUUUGUCUAUAAACUUUGGAAUAAGUCUCGAAUUGUUUAAAUUUUCGGGUAAACGGCCGCAUUGAUCUUUUAACUGUGACCUAAUGUAACGUCGUUAAGUCAUUGGCAGACUGUAUAAAACCAACCUCUCUGUUGCUCCGUUUGAAACUUCAGUUUUGAUAUAAUCAAAUACUCUUAAAGUAUUAAAAAAUUAUAAUUUCACAUCUCAUGUUGUAAAAAUAUAAUUCUAAUAUGCAAUUUGUCAACGACUUACAAUAAACAAUCAUGACAUUGUAAAAUCUUCACUAAAAUAGCAUCUGACGUGACGUGCCAUAUUCGGUGUUAAAAAUAGUUUAAGGUUAUAUUCUCGAAUAAAAAUUUAUGGCUAUAGCAAAAAAGAUAAUUGGCCGUUGGGAGUAUUUCUUGCGAAACAUCUUGGCCAAAAAAUUAGUAUCAAUAAUUCUCGACGUGUAAUCGGGUAGGUGUUGAGGCGUGAUAACCCAAGUACAUUGAUAUUGUAAAAUACGCCAGACAAUAAAUUAUUAUUUAUCACAUAUUAA